ACCAUUUCCCUCUCCCUCCCGGCUCGCACCCUCCCAGUAUCCAUCCUCGAGAUUUCUCUUCUCCCUCAUGCACGGCGCAUGCUCAUGAAGAUAGGGUGCGACGCGUGCGGGCAGGCGGAGGCCGCGGUGCUGUGCUGCGCCGACGAGGCCGCGCUGUGCCGCCGCUGCGACGCCGCCGUGCACUCCGCCAACAAGCUCGCCGGCAGGCACCACCGCGUCGCGCUCCUCUCCUCAACGCCCGCCGGCUCGUCGUCGCCCGGCGCCGGCGACGACGGCGGGAGCCACCCCGCCUGCGACAUCUGCCAGGAGAAAACAGGCUACUUCUUCUGUGUAGAGGACAGAGCCCUCCUGUGCCGAAGCUGCGACGUUGCCAUCCACACCGCAACUCCCAAUGCUUCCACCCACCGCCGAUUCCUCAUCACCGGCGUCCGCGUCGGUGCUGAUCAGGACCAUAUCGGCGAUGUCAGUGGCGCCACGGUCGGCAGCCCCAGCAACAGCAGCGCCAACGGAAGCAAUAACAUGCCCACCUCCGAGAACUUCGCCAUUGCCAACGACCAGCGGUCGGAGGAGGGGGUGGGGCUGAUCGGAGGAGGAGAAGACGACAUUGGCCAGCAGCAGCAAUGGCCUUGGAGCGAUAUUUUUGCUGAUGAUGGUGUUGGCAUGGAUCAACACCAGUGCUACCCUGGCUUCUCUGAACCUGGUUCCUCCAGCCUCACUGGAUGAUGAAAGCUCCACUUAAAUGGAUUUAUUACUUCCUCCAUUUCAUAUUACUUGCAACUGAUUUAGUACAAUGGAUCGGAAGGAAUAUGUAUUUGGCAUGAGUUGAUAGAAAAAGAAAUUAUAAUAUGUCUUUAUUUUUA